UGACAUGACAAGAGGGGGAAUAAAUGAUGACAGAAUUUUUGUUUCUGGGUGAACUAUCCUUUUAAUGUAUUCUGACCCAAAACUCCAGCUUUAGUUGUCUUUACACACUGGUAAUGGGGCGUUCUCAUCUUUUUGUCCAAAAGCUGCAGCCUUGAUAUGAAAGGGAGGUGGCAGAGCGGAGAUGAGGGGUUUAGAGAAAACAGUCAUUUGCAUCUGUUUGGUCCUUCCCGAGGGUGUCAUUUUUUCUGUUCGUCAACUUACAUUUGGAAUUUGCACGACUGAGACCUGAAAAUGGGCGAGUGGGACUUCCUCGGCAGACUGCUGGAUAAAGUCCAGAUGCACUCCACCGUGGUCGGGAAAAUCUGGCUCACCGUUCUGUUCGUGUUUAGGAUCCUGGUCCUCUGCGCAGGCGCUGAGAGAGUGUGGGGCGACGAGCAAUCGGACUUCACCUGCAACACGCUACAGCCGGGCUGCGAGAACGUGUGCUACGACAAGGCGUUCCCGAUUUCUCACAUACGCUUCUGGGUUCUUCAGAUCAUCUCUGUUUCCACGCCCACUCUGGCUUACCUGGGCCACGUCGUCCACGUCAUACACGCCGAGAAAAAAGUCCGAGAGAUGAUGAAUAAUGAGCAACUCAGCCUGAUCCCCAAGAAAGGCUACAAGUUGUACAAGUACAUCAGCGGCAAUGGGAAGGUCAACAUUCGGGGAAGUCUUCUGAUAAGUUACAUUCUCAGUUUGCUUUGUAAGAUAAUGCUAGAGUUGGGAUUCAUCUUCGGGCAGUACUAUCUAUACGGCUUCACCCUUCAGUUCCAAUACGUUUGUAACAAUUUUCCAUGUCCUCACAAGGUGGACUGCUUUUUAUCAAGGCCUACUGAAAAAACAAUCUUCAUUUGGUUCAUGCUGGUGGUGGCCUGCGUGUCUUUACUCCUGAACGUGAUCGAGAUCUUAUAUCUCUGUGUCAAAAAGCUAAACGAUUGUCUCAGCCGGAAACGAGACUACACCGUGACUCCCGUGACCGCGAUGGUGAACAGGAAGGACUUCAAGAGCAAGGAUCAGGUGAUUCAGAACUGGAUCAACCGAGAGAUUGAAGUUGGAAAUGAGGGAACCAAAAGCGUGGCUUCAGAGGACAUGCAAGAGGUCCGUAUCUGAUCGACAGGUCUCUGUACACAUAGCCUUUCACACGGUCAACUUGGGUAAACAAACAUCGAAACAAGCGACUCGUGCCUGCUUGAGACCCCCCUCCCGUUUCAAUGUCUGUCAACCCACAUGCUUACUGUUUUGUCUUUAUGACACUUUCAAACAAAGUACACUACGCUCUGUCUGUUUAACAAAUCAGGUGUAAUGUUGACAAUGAUUGUUUGAUAAAGACCUGUUUUCAUUUGAAAAUCUUUACUUACAUUUGCUGUUCUUUACUGUUCAAAUGUACAAAGGUUAAAUAAACAUCA